AUGUUACGGUCGCUACAACAACUUGUAUAACGAGGGCUGCAGCGUUUCGCGGGUGCUCCAAGCUUCCCAUUGCAAUGAGGCGCUGAUUUCACUCUCCUCUCUUUUUGAACCCAUUGACGCCUAAGGACGACGAGGCACACAACUGGCUUCCACCUUCGGAAGCUCUCGACGACACACCCCGAUAACGACGCAGGCGGCGAUACCAUCACCAUGCGCCGUCGCCAGUGGACGGUGGUGGGCCUCAUCGCCUUCCUGGCGAUCUGUGCAUACACGAUAUUCAGACUGCCGCCCGAAAAGCGACCGAUGGCCGUCAUUCCAGGCUCCGUGAAGCCGCCUCCACCCCCGCAAGACCCCCCGAAACCGGCCGGCGACGAUGCUGCCAACGGCAGCGGCCCUGCUCCCGACAGACGACCGAAACCCGCCUCCGGCACCGGCUCGCACCCCAUGUGGCACCUCAUGACGGGCGCCGAGAAGGAGUUCCAAGAUACACUGAAGCGCCAGUCCAAGACGCUCGAGGACGCCGUCAAGGAGUAUAGGAGGCGCUAUGGCAUCCCGCCCCCGCCGCACUUCGACAAAUGGUUCGAGUUCGCAAAGGCGAACGGCGUGCAGCUCGUCGACGAGUUCGACAUGAUAAACGAGAUGCUCACGCCCUUCUGGGGCCUGAAGCCGGCGACGAUACGGGAGCGCGCCAGAGAGGCGCUGGGCUUCGACAACAACCUGAUCGGUCUCCUGAUCCGGGACCAAAAGAUAUCUCACAUCCAGGGCGGACAGGACUGGCAGCGCGACGCCACUUCGGGCAUGAUUGAGAAGUUCAUCAAGUACCUGCCCAGCAUGGACCUCGCCUUCAACAUCCAUGACGAGCCGCGCGUCGUUGUCCCCCACGAGGACCUCGCCCGCCUCGUCAGCCGCGCCAAGAACGUCAACAUGCCCAAGGCAAACGCGGCCGUGAACCCCGAGAACGCCUUUACGAAGCGCGCGGGCGAUCUGAGCGAGGGAAACAUCAUCGUUGAGUAUAAACAGACCCGCUUCAACGUCUUCGCCCAUCAGGCGACCUGGACGCACUCCCGCAUGUCCUGCCCACCCGAUACCCCCGCCCGCGGCAUCGACGAGGACGAGCUCUCGGACGACCAGAGCAAGUACGGCAUCAGCGAGCUGGGGUUCGUCUAUAACAUCACAGCCAUGUCCGACAUCUGCCUCUCGCCCUCUCUCAGUUCGACCUACGGCUUCUUCGACCGCCCCAACGCAUACAACAUCGUCCACGAUCUCUUCCCCAUCUUCUCGCAGUCCAAGAUCUCGUCAUACAACGACAUCCUCUACCCCUCACCCUGGUACUGGUACAAGAAGGUCGCCUACGACGAGUCCAAGGACAUGUCCUGGGAGCAGAAGCAGGACCGCCUCUACUGGCGCGGCUCCACGACGGGCGGCUUCUCGCGCAACGGUGGCUGGCGCCGUCAGCACCGCCAGCACUUUGUGCAAAAGAUCAACGCUGCCGACCAGGCCAAGAUAUACACCAAUCGCGGCGACGAGAAGAACCCCAAGUGGGAAGUGAAGGAGGUGCCCCGCGGCGACUACCGCGAUAUCAUCGACGUCUACUUCUCGCACAUCGGGCAGUGUGACCCGGGCGACUGCGACGCGCAGAAGGAGUUUUUCAAGGUCCAGGGCCAUGCCGAGCAGCAGGACGCCUGGAAGUACAAGUACCUCCUCGACAUGGACGGUAACGCCUUCUCGGGCCGCUUCUACGCCUUCCUACAGUCGCGCUCUCUCGUCUUCAAGUUCGCCAUCUUCCGCGAGUGGCACUUUGAGUGGCUACGCCCCUGGGCGCAUUACGUGCCCCUGAGCCUGCAGGGCGACGACUGGCUCGAGGCCGUGCGCUUCUUCGGCGACGGCGCGCUGGGCCGCAACGAGGCGGAGCGCAUGGCUAUCAGCAGCCGCGAGUGGGCGAACAAGGUGCUCCGUAAGGAGGACAUGGAGGUGUGGUUCUUCCGCCUCCUCUUGGAAUACGGCCGCGUUAUCGACGACAAGAGAGACACCAUUGGCUUCUCCGUCGGAGCCGCGCCGCAACCGCCGGCGUGAAACCCCCCCAAGGGGGGUCGGGGGCGACUCCACGUCAGACGAGUCUCCCCAAUCUCCGCGGUGGUUUCGAAUGUGAUAAUGAGACAUUUGUAUAUCUGUAUAUCUGUUCCAAAAAUGAACAAGAAAAAAAGAGGAAGAGAGUGAGAGAAAAAAGGGAGUCAUCCUUUCUGUUACACUGUAUGAAGCGGGACCGGGCGGGCUCAAGGUAUGCAGGGACCGCGUCGUCUGUUUCUUUGGAGGGGGGAAAAAAGUAUUUCGUACAUCUCGCGGAAGGGAUGAAAUCUGGGCAACCAUUCUCAGGGUAUGUCUGUUACGAGAGGGGGAAUUGUAUGAUGCGGGCGGAGAAGACUCGAUGGGUUGGUUGGUGGAAAAAGGAACCGCCACUGGGUCUCUUUGGGCUGACUAUAUAGAAGCUGUAUACACCUAAUUGAUAUCAUGAACUGAUC